AGGAGGAGGAGGGGAAGAAGAAGAAGAAGAAAAAGAAGAAGAAGAAGAAGAAGAAGAAGAAGAAGAAGAAGAAGAAGAAGAAGAAGAAGAAGAAGAAGAAGAAGAAGAAGAAGAAGAAGAAGAAUUAUUCUUAUGAAGGCUGGAAGAAUGUUUAAUAUGAAAAGAGGAGAGAACAGUGGGUUGCAUGCCAGACAGAAAAGACUUAAACCCAACCUUUGAAACACACCAGAUGAUGAACUCUCAAAUUGAGGUCCAAACCAAAUGGCUAUGUGAUCAGAUCAAACAUUUGCUCAAACAGCUAAUGGUGUUCCUAUUGUAAGAAGGAGGAGAGGCAAGAGGGAGUAUAACCACUCUAACAGUGGACAGACAGAGUUGCAUUUCCCAUUUACUCUUGAGCACAUAACCUAGAUCUAAGAGUCUGUAGACUUAGCAAUAGUUUAUUCUUUCUUGUGUCAAUUGAUUUGUUUAAGUUUAUAUUUUGAUUUUCAGUAGGUUAAAAAAAAUCUAGACUUUGUUUUGUGGACAUGAUAAAGAUACGGAGAAAAACUGGAUGGAAUAAUUUAAUAGUUUCUUACCACCCUAAAGCUUCUAUUUUAAUAGUAACGACAAACCUUUAUAUGAUAUCUAUGUGGUUAAGAAUAGCUUGUUCACAACAUAAAUUCAAGUUUUGUGCUGACUUUCCAGUUUAUUCACAAGCUUUUAUGCAAAUUGAUCAGGUUUCAUAUGUAUGCAAGGCCACAUUUUUCUACCUGGAAAAAAGUGAAAUGUGAAAAUCAUCAUUAUGGGCAAUUAGGCAACUUCAAUGUAAUAUUUAUAGUUACUAGCUUUGCUAAAGUUAUAUACUAUUCUCAAUAAUAAUAACUAGAAAUUUCAAUUUUAAUGGCACAAAUUCAUAAAUAUAAUUACAUCAAAUUUAAUGGGACAAAUACAUAAAUACAAUUAUAUCAAAUUACAUCAAAUUCAAUGGGACAAAUAAAAAAUACAAUUACAAAAUUGAGAAAGAGGAGUAAAAAGUAUGUUCUAUAAGAACUUUAACUUAGACACCGAAAAUCAUGAGAUUCUGUUACACAAUUAUUAAAGAUUAUAAAUUUCCAAUUUUAAUACUCUCCUUCAUUUUACUUUUAAUGAUUCAAAGCAUGUUUAAUUUCUCUGUUAACUAUCAUUCCCCAAUAACCUUUUAAAAUAUCAGUUUCUUUAUAAAAGCCUGUUUACCCAGGUACUACUAACUUAAAAAUUAUCAUUCUUCAUUUGGAGACUCAAGAUCCUGUAAGAUUUUUUUUCACAACUUGUAAACUUUGGGCUGAAAGUGAUAUCUAUUUUUUAAUAUUUUUAUUGGCACCUAAUAAUUAUUUUUAUUAGUACCUAAUAAAUACUACUAUUAACAUCUAAUAAUUACACAGAACAAAGAGUACCAUCAUGAUAUUUUCAUACAAGCACAUAAUUAUGUAUUUUGAAGAAGAGGUAUAUAUUUAGCUAUUUAUUUCUUCUGGAAUAGUAGGAGGGUAUGUUCAAAAUAUCCAUCUUCUCAGUGACACACUUCAUGAUUUUUAUGGAUAGCUUCCUUAAGGACAGUUGUAGAAGUCACAAUUCAUCUUACACCUAGUUCAUUUCUUUGAGCUACUUGAAAUGUGUAGAGAAUGAAAACGAUUGUGUCUGAACUCCAGCGAACACUCUAAAGUGGUCAUCUCCCCAAAGUCAUCCCAGCAUUCCCUGUUUUCAGAGAAGCUGCUAUAAAAGCACAUUGCUGGCCAAGUCCCUUAAGCACCUUUAAAAUCUCUAAGUACUAUUUUGCAUUGCAUGAGCCUAAAUAACUUUAGGUUAGUUUACUCUCAGUCUGCAGACUGAGCCCCAAAGCAUUGAACAAGGCAGCUUGGUUUUAGUAAGAACUUAGCAACAACAACAACAAAACCAAAAUUGAUGUGUCAGUUUUCUUGCUUGCUAAGAAUUUCAGAAAAUAAAAAUACAUAAAUAGUCUCAAUAAUAAAGAAAACAGGGAAGGUAGGACAUACCCAAAUCUAAUAUCGGAGACGAAAAGAGGCAGGAAGUGGAACCCCAAGCUACUUCUUGCUUAGAUUACUCUCCUGAGAAUAUUGCUUGCAAAAGCAUAAUCUUUAAUGGAUACUUGAGACCCUGACCAGAUUGCCCUGUGGAUGUAUCCUGAAGAAUCCAAAGAACUGUACAGAGCACACAAUGCCUUUUCCAGUCCUCGGAAUUUUACCAUAAGAGAGGGAGUUUGGGGGAGUGUUCUUUCUGUUUGAAACCUCAACCUAGUUUCAUCUAGGAAGUUCCACACUUGCUGACUAGACACUUGCAAGGUCCGUAAUUAUCCAACAGAAGCCCGAGCCCUGGAGGAAUCCUGAGUUGUCCAUGAGCGAAGAAGAAACGUCUUAAAGGAAGACAAGGCAGGGAACGUCUCAGAGGCAAAGACCAUAAAAGUACUGACAGGCUUCAGUCUCACUAGGGCUGUUCACUUGUAGAUCCUGGGUUCCUAUAAAUAGCCCGAGGGUAUGUGUCCCUCUCUCUCUUUGCCCUAAGAAAGCUAAAGAGCUCCUCCAGGAGGAGUGGCAACUGUCCUGUGAAAUCCGAUGCUAGAUAUGAAGUCAGGUGGACCAGAAAUAAAAGGGAGCCACUGAGAAGGAAGACUCCACUCAGGGAUCGGAGCUGCCUUCAGCUUACUCUUCAGCCCCACUGCUGUGUUGCAGCCCAGAACUCCAUCAUGUCCUUCAGUGCUGACCAGAUUGCCGAAUUCAAGGAGGCGUUUCUCCUGUUUGACAGAACAGGAGAAAGCAAGAUCACCUUAAGUCAAGUGGGAGAUGUCCUCCGGGCUCUGGGCACAAACCCCACCAAUGCAGAGGUCAAGAAGGUUCUGGGGAACCCGAGCAAUGAAGAGAUGAAUGCUAAGAAAAUUGAGUUUGAACAAUUUCUGCCCAUGAUGCAAGCAAUCUCCAACAACAAGGACCAGGGAGGCUAUGAAGAUUUUGUUGAGGGUCUGCGUGUCUUUGACAAGGAGGGCAAUGGCACCGUGAUGGGUGCUGAACUCCGCCAUGUCCUUGCCACUCUGGGUGAGAAGAUGAAGGAGGAAGAAGUGGAAACAUUGCUGGCAGGCCAGGAAGACUCCAACGGCUGCAUCAACUAUGAAGAACACAGUGUUUGGGAAGACUGGCCAGAAUGUCAGUUCAAGAAGACCCAUGGCUAACAGUCCAUAUCUUCUUACCACUACCCAGAAGAUCAAAGCAAUCUAGACCAUUCUAGACUGAAGGAUUCCCUCAAUUUUUAUAAGCCUUGAGUUUUUCAUUACACACAAAUCAGGCAUCCACUGUUCUAGGGGAGAUGAAUAAAUAUUGAUGAUAUCAAGUCCAAGCAUCCCUUUAUCAUCUACUUGGGUCCACAACAUUCUUAAAACACUACAUCAAUAAACUUGGUCAGUCUGGAAUACUCAA